AUGCCUAAAUCUGCAAGGCUCAGAGUCUCCAAAUCUGCUAUUACCAACACCAACAACAUGAACAGACUCCUCACAUACUCAUUUGCACCAUUCCCAAACAAUAGAUUCCUAACACUAGCAGCUACAUCAACAUCCCUCGUAUACGUGCAUCUAAAUACUAAAUCCGAAGAUGCAUCAAAUGAUACCGGGCUCCCCCAUCCUGAUCUAGUAGCAUUCGCCAAAAAGCACAAGACAUCAAUCCCUAAAAUCGACAUGGACGAUCAACAUAGUGUCUUGCAACUAGCAAAGGAAGAAUUGGCACGGUAUUUUGAUGGUGAAUUGAAAGAGUUCAGGACUCCUGUUGAACACUUGACUGGGACUGAGUUUCAACGAAAGUGUUGGGCUGCGUUGCAGACUAUACCUUUUGGAAGUGUUUGGGACUAUUCCCGACUCGCUGAAGAGAUUGGUAGCUCAAAGGCAGUACGAGCUGUUGGAUCUGCAAAUGGAAGUAAUCCCAUACCGAUAUUUGUACCGUGUCAUCGAGUCAUUGGCAAGGAUAAAACUAUGAGAGGUUAUGGAAUGGGCGGUGAAGAAAUCAAGCUGCAAUUACUCGAGCUUGAGAAGGCCAAGAUUCUCUAA